CAUAAGAAGCUACACCGAACGCCGAACGCAGCGUAGUAGGAGCGUAGCACAAUAAGAGAAAGAAGCCGGUAGCUUCCACGUGUGGUCGUUGGAGCCCUUCGUGUCACAGUUUGAGACGCGAAUUUGUAAAUUUAUUACAAGACUUAUUUAUAAGAAACUUUAAACGCGCGCAAUGGCUGACAUGAUAAGCACAGAAGAAAGAAAAGAAUCCAACGGCGACGCUCUCAUCGACGUGCCUGUGGCCAACGGGCUGAACGGUCCCACGAAGAGCAGCCCGGAGCCCCUGUCCCAGCGGGUGUUGAGGAUCGUGAGGGCCAACUUGCUGGUGAUUCUGACCGUGGUCGGGGUCCUCGUCGGUGUUUUAAUUGGACUCGGUGUGCGCAACGCGGAGCUGACGCGCACCCAGAUCAUUUACAUCGGCUUCCCAGGUGAGCUGCUCAUUCGGCUGCUGAAGAUGAUCAUCAUCCCCCUGGUGGUGUGCAGCCUGGUGUCCGGGGCGGCCAGCAUCGACCCCAAAGCCCUGGGCAAGCUCGGCGGCUGGGCCAUGCUCUUCUUCCUGGUGACAACCCUGAUCGCCUCAGCCAUCGGGGUCGUGAUGGCUUUCAUCUUAUCUCCGGGCUCCGUGGCAGUCACCAAACCGGCGGACUUGUCUGAAAACGUGCCAGCGCACAAAGAGGUUAUAGACUCCUUCUUGGAUUUGAUAAGAAACAUCUUUCCCUCCAACCUGGUGUCUGCUGCCUUUCAGUCAUACGCAACCGCCUACAAGCUGGUUACAAAGAAUGGCACAAAUGGCGUCCUCAAUGUCACGGUGGAGAAGGUGCCCAUCGGGACGGACCAGGAUGGCAUGAAUAUUCUUGGCCUGGUAGUCUUCGCCAUUGUGUUUGGCGUUGCUUUGAGGAAGCUGGGCGAGGAAGGCGAGAUCCUGAUCAAGUUCUUUAACUCCUUCAACGAAGCCACCAUGGUGCUGGUCUCCUGGAUCAUGUGGUACGCCCCCAUUGGUAUCAUGUUCCUAGUAGCUGGGAAGAUCGUGGAGAUGGAGAACGUUGGCCAGCUGUUUGCCAGUCUAGGAAAAUAUAUAGCCUGCUGCAUGAUAGGGCACGCCAUCCACGGCUGCCUGGUGCUCCCCGGCAUCUACUUCAUCAUUACAAGGAAGAACCCUUACACCUUCCUGUGGGGUAUAGUCACAGCUCUGGCAACAGCCUUUGGAACAAGCUCCAGCUCCGCCACUCUGCCCCUCAUGAUGAAGUGCGUGGAGGAAAACAACGGCGUGUCCAAGCACAUCAGCCGCUUCAUCCUGCCCAUCGGAGCGACGGUCAACAUGGACGGGGCCGCCCUCUUCCAGUGUGUGGCCGCCGUCUUCAUCGCUCAGCUGAACGAAACGUCCCUCAACUUCAUCCAAGUCAUUACCAUCCUUGUGACAGCUACAGCAUCCAGCGUUGGCGCGGCGGGUAUCCCGGCCGGUGGCGUGUUGACGCUAGCUAUUAUCCUGGAAGCAAUAGGUCUCCCCACCACUGACAUCUCUCUUAUCCUGGCUGUUGAUUGGCUCGUCGACCGUACCUGCACCGUGCUGAAUGUGGAGGGAGAUGCGUUCGGCGCGGGGCUCCUGCAGUUCUUCGUGGACCGCUCUUCCAAACAGGAAGACGGAGCCGAGCUGAGCGAGGUCAGGCUGGAGGAGGUGCCCGUCCCGGAGCAGUCGCCGCUCAUCAAGAAGCGAGAGGGGCCGGACGCCGCACCCGUUUCCAGUGAAAAAGAGUCCGCCAUGUAAUCGAGCUGCCAGCAUUUUCAGGAACCCCCGUCAUUUAAACACUCCGUCAAGCUGAAACCUAAAGUUCAAGUCCCAUUUCAACUUCAUCUGCCCUGAAGAAAAGAGUGCAAGGAGACAGGAUGCACAUGCACACUACAAUGCAAAGAAGAACUCUGUGACCUCAACAUCUUUUUUGGAAGGACAGCUAAAAAAAAAAAAAGAGUCUUAUGGGGCAUUUGAAAUCCAUUUUAUGCACAGUGACUUUGGUUUUUCUUUUUGAGGGACACCGUUAAUUUGUUUAAUGCAACAUUUGGUUGUCCUCAUCAACUUUGAAGUCAGAAUUUAAUCAUGUGACUAUGUUGUGUGUACGUGAUGUGUCACUGUCAUGUGGCCACAGAAACUGGACCUUCUGAAGGCGUAGUCGUCAUUUAUGAGAGAAAUUACAGGAACUCACAGGAAUGCGUUGGACUAUUGCUUUAUCCAGGAAACCCACACUGGCACAACUCCUACUUGGAAACCAUUCAAAUUUCUGACUUCAAAAGUUCACGAGGACCUCCACAUACUACUGUACCCAGUCUGAUAGUUUUCAUCUUCUCUGUCUAGAAUCCGUUCAUUUUAUUUUCCCACGUAAGAUCACCAAUAACGAACAUGUAUACAUUUAUUAAAAAUGUGUCAUAAUUGGCUGUAGGGCAUAAACAUGUAUUUUUAUCAUGCAUUAUUAUAGCCAUUUUCAUGCAGGUCUCAUCCAGUAUAUGUAUCUGGCAUGAAGAUGGCUGUGAUGAUAGAUUCCACUCCAGUGGUUCUCAUGUACAGUGUGAUGAUUUUUUUGGGGUUUUUUUUUUUUUGUUUUUUAUGAAGCACACCAAAUGAAAUCCUCAGUAACGUCCCAAAGCUAAAUGGAGGACCUUGUUCUGUAGGACUUAAAUGCAAGGACAUGACUACACACACACACACAUGAUCAACGUCUGCCUCUCCAGAUGGACACCAGUGCUGCGGUCGGGUGUCGCAACCUCAGGAUUGAAAUGUUAUUGAGGGCUUCAACCUUCGACUGCUCCUUAAAUACUCCGAGACCAAAAAUAACACAGACUUGGUAAACAGGAAGGUGACCAGUGAACUCCUGGAGACAUGUCAUUGGAUAAUUACAUUUUUUUUUUUUUUUUUAAAUCUUAAUAAUGUUAAAAAAUGGGGCUUUAAAGUGUGUGCGUAAUGAGGACUAUUUGUGUCAUGUGAAAUGUGUGGUGUGAUUAUGUUGAGUUUAGGUAACAAAUUUCCUUCCAAGAUGAGUAGCAACUGACUGCUGGUUGGUUUUGACUGUUUAAGUCUGAACAUCUGAAGAACUUAAGAGUAUAGAUGUCAACUUAUUAUUAUUAAUAUUAAUAUUAUUAUUAUUUUGGCUCUGGUGGCCAUUUAACAUGAAAUACUAGUUAUGUGAGGUUGAAGUCUCUUAUUAUGUAUUUGAUAAUUUUUUGUUUAAUUGAUAUUUAUUUCUCCAAUCAAAAUCCAAAUUAUUACUUUUUUUUUGACGCGAUUCAAGUCUUCUUUUAAUAAGUUGCAUUGGUGGUAGAUUUUUUAUUUUUUUUUUUUUUUAUAUUAUUGUUGGUCGUGUUCUUUUCAUGGUCUUGCUCGGCACUGGUCGAAGCUGCAUUUGAGUACUGUGCUUCCUUUUUUUUUUUUUUUUGUGCAAAAGGCUUGUUGCUUUGGAGGCCGUGUGAUGAACCUGAAGAUGGUUUGUUUUGGUGGUAUUGUUCAUGAUUGCAACACAGUAACGUUGCAGAAUGUUCCUUCUCCAUCCAUAUCAACUGUCAAUAACUGUUUAAGGGGCAAAUGAUUGCGCCGCAUACUACUGUCGUACCCAAACUUGAUCAAGCGUAUCUUUGAACAGUUUACUUUUUCUCUGCUUUUGUUUUAUACUCCCAGGGUUUCCCCCGAGAAGAAAAUGAUGACUCCGACAGGCCUGAGGCCUCAAAUUUAUACACAAAGCUAUGCGUCGCAACGGCUUCACUUUUCUUUCUUUUAUUGGUGCGAGGUUGUACAGGUGUCGUCAUUCCUUUCUGAAGUUUUACAACACGUGGAUGUUUGGCUCAGUUGUAGUGUUUGUGUUGUGUGUGUGGUUUUUGUAAAGAUCUUCUUAGACUGGGGCUAGGUUUAAAAAAAAAAAAAAAUAGAAAUUCCCAGUUACCAAUUUAAAGUUCUGUCAUUAGGUUUAAAAGAAUAAAUGCCUUUUUGAUAUUA